AGUUUUUGAUUUCCCUGUUAUAUACUUACAUGGGCACUUAUGGUUGCGUCGCAUUCACAAAAAACGAGAGAACGCAGGCAUAUUAGCAUGUUUAGCAGGUUUAGCAGGCAGCUCAGUUGCUAAGGUUUCCUGCCUCCAGUCAAAUAUUGAAAAAACUUCGUAAAGAAAUAUUGGCCCAUCGAGACUAUCUUUUUGGAAAAGUGGGCACUAGACGACGUUUGCUUGCACUUCACUGAAGCCGUUCAAAUUUCGGAUUUUCCACGGCCAAGAAUGGAACAAACCCCCGUCUUACCCAGCCGAGAUACGGUGCACCAUAUCACCUCCUUUCGCGAUCCCACCCAAACCUACCUGGAAAGUCCAUGGACAUUGUGGCUUGUAAAUAAAUUAGGCACGCAGAACAAAUCGUGGAUGGAUUGCAUUCACCCCGUCGCCACCUUCUCCACAAUCCAACAGUUCUGGGUUGGAAUGUACAACAGCUUGAAACCGCCUUCCGAGCUGCCCGUGUACUGGGAGUACGCGUUAUUCCGCGGUGGUCUCGGUCGGCGGAUAAUCGUUCCCGACUGGGACGAUCAUGAGAACAUUGGUGGCGGUUGCAUGCAGCUAACGGGCUUCAAUCUGGACACGAAAAUCAUCGAUCACCUGUGGCGGGAUAUCUGUCUGAAGGUCAUCGAAGAAGCCUGGAUUCACACGUCCGACUACAUCAACGGAAUCAUGGUGUCUGGCAAGAGUGGCACCACCCGCUUCUACGUAUGGGUGGCGCCGUGCAAGGAGCACAUCUGGGAAUGCGUACGCGACCGCAUCGAAGGCGUGUUCGCGCAGGACUGUCGUACGCCCAUCAAAUGGACACCGCACAUUGAGCGCAAAGCCAUGCUGGACAGUAAGAUUGCCGCGAAGCGUAACGCGCCGCAGAAAGUGCGCCCGCCCAAGGUGCCCACUCUGCCGCGACACUUCCGGAGUCGCUCGGUCGGCUACCGGACUAAACUGGAUGUGGACGUGAAGACCGAUGAAUUCCUGGCCGCUAAGCGUGUGGCGCCGGAAGUCAAAGAGGUGGCCGCAGUGCCGGCCAAACGGCCGUUCCAUGUGAAAGCGUCGCAGAGCAGUAUUAUGCUGCGAAUGGGCGGAGGCGACAGUAUGCGCGAUGUCUACCAUCAUCCAUACAGUCUGCUGCCAUCGCGACCCAGAGGUCGAUCCUGUCAUGCGUCGAAACCGUACGCGGAUUAUCCGGUGUUCGGACCAGAAGGAGACGGGCGUCGCCUCUUGGGAACCGGUGAUAUGCCUGCUAACGCCGUGGGGAAUUUCAAGUAUUUGUACGGAAAGUCGCAUGAAGAGUGUGCCAUGGCUAAGCCUUGGCGCUCCCUUGUUCAUACAGGUAAAGAGAUGGUGGAUGUUAGCACGCAGUUUAAUGCACGGACCACAAAUGGUGCCGGUGAUGCGGACGCGCCAAUUAGAAACCUGGAUCCUGUGGAAGAAAACUAAAAACCAUCUUCUGAAAUUUAUUGUGCUGUCUCUGUCCUUGUUUGCUAAUUUUUUCUUCUCGCUUGUGCCUGUUAAAUUUUUCUUCGUCAGCAUUUUCUGUUUCUUGUUUCUUGAUCACAACGACUUCGUUAGCGACUCUGAUUUCUCUAGACAUUUAUUACAACUA